AUGUCCACCUCAGACUACCGGAGGGUACAGCCCAUCGUCGGACCGUCGUUGCUAGGGAAGACUUGGUCACCACAGUUCAACGAAGCAUCGCGCAGAAAGCACAGGUGGGGAGACGACGGUAGGGAGAGCGGCGGUUUACCUCAAGCCAACCCUACCAAGCCCAAGGAUGGCUCGGAAAUCCAUGGCCAUGGCCAGGUGAAGAGUAAGUACGUGCUGGAGCUCAGAUCAUCAGUGGAUGUCACUACAAGGGCCACGGACGAAGGACGACAUGUGCAUGCGGUGGUCCGACCGCCCAAGGGCCGCACGCCGGGCGACCUGCGCGCCAUGCUAGUGACUCUGAAGCCGCUGCUGGCGCAGGCAUUGCACCAGUGGAAGGGCGGUGCUGCUUUGGAAAUUCAACCGGUGCAGGUCACCCCGCUGCCAACCGCACCGCCGGAGCCGCUUCCACCGCCGGCGCCCACGGCGGAAGCACCGCCGGUGGCUCUGGUGAGGCGGAAUUCUACGGGCCGAGUAUGGAUGCCCAAGACAGCUCAAUGGGGUGAUGUUGUGCGUCAGGUCGCCAUGAUGUUUGUGUUGGAGCUGCAGAUGAACAUCGAGGACCUAGGUGCUUUCGACGUGCAAAAGUACACGGAUGCCUUUGCGCAGGAAGUACAGGAAGACAGGAGCCUCGUGAUGGUCGUGAAGACGGAGUUUCGGACCGAGGUCCGCUACUUAGUCCCGCACUUGUUGAGCAAGAUGCAGCUGCGGAAGGCCCUGGCCGAGGCCCUGCAUGUGCCGCUGUUCGCGGUCUCCGUCGAGCCGGCGGAGUCGCUGAGGCGGCUGAGGUCAGCCGCGAUGGAGGGCACUCGCGAGUUACUCUGCGUGGUGACCACUGAAGAUCCCGCCUCUGCGGAGACCUUUGCGGAGAUGAUGAAGGACCCCGGCGAGGUGGUGCAAGCUAUGCGUCUGCAGGGUCUCUCGGCCUUGCCCUUGGUGCUGAAACGGAAGCCCUGGGCAUCGGUGCUGCUCCACACGAAGCUGGAGCUGCGCGGCAAACCACCGGAGGUUUCAAGUCAUUUCUCCUCUUUGCUAAGCCAAAAGCUUGGUGUCCCCGUCAGCGCGGACACCAUCGGCGUUCGACAGGUGCUUCACCAGGAGCUCCUGGGCACUGGCAGCGACGCGCCGCCGGGCCCUGCCGGCCCUGCGGGCCCUGCGGGCCCGGAACUUCCGGUGAACUACAACAACCUGCUGACCUCCUCCCAUCGCUUUCCGCCGGUGCUGCGCUACGGCCACGUGGGCUACGUGGAACAUGCCGGAGGCAAAGUCUGGCUGGACGCGGUGCUACGUGUGGACGGCUACAACCCCAAGCUCCACGCCUUGACGGGUGAAGCCCAAGGCUAUGCGGCUGCGCUGAACGUGGCUUGGCGGAGCGGUGGCACGGGGGUCCACGCGGGCACAAAAGCAGAUCUUGAGAUCAGUCUGGUGCCGUCAGAGCGGAACAUUGAGGUGAAAAACUUGAAAAUCCGUCAAAUCUAUUUGCAGAUCUCUGACAUCGAGGAUCCGCCCCGACUCCUGGAAGACGAAGUGACCCUGAAGAGCUGUCAGGACGUUUCAAGUGGCCACCGGCUAUGA